UCGGGACAGCCGUACGUCUAACACCCGCGGAAAACCCCCCCACCCCUUACGAGACAUAGCCCGUCGACUAAACCCCACAACAGCCCCAACGAUUUCAGCCGACCCUCUUCCGACGACCCCACCAAGUCCCACUACCCCACCACACCCCCCUCCCGCACACUCACCUCGGUAUUCUCCGCCGUGGUCUCCAGCUUCAUGCCCAAAGCCACCCUCAGCUCCUCCCUCAGCCGCAGCCUCAGC